AUGGGUGGAGGAGGCUAUAACAUGGGAGGUUUCGGUGGAGGAAUGGGCGGAGGAGGUAUGGGCAUGGGUGGCAUGGGAGGAGGAUAUGGAGGAGGAGGUAUGGGUGGAGGAGUUUACAGAAUGGCAUGGUUAAUAUUGCCUUCUUAUAGUAUAGGAUUGGGUGGCGGAGGAAUGGGUAUGGGCGGCGGAGGUUACAGAAUGGGCGGCGGAGGAAUGGGUGGAGGAAUGGGUAUGGGCGGCGGAGGAAUGGGUAUGGGUGGCGGAGGAAUGGGUAUGGGUGGCGGAGGAAUGGGUAUGGGCGGUGGAGGCUACAGAAUGGGUGGCGGAGGAAUGGGUGGAGGAGGAAUGGGUAUGGGCGGCGGUGGAAUGGGUGGAGGAGGAGGCAUGGGCGGUGGUAUGGGCGGAGGAUGUGGAGCAGGAGGAUGUGGAGGAGGCGGAGGAGCACCUGCACCUCCACCACCCAGACCAGCCCCACCACCCCCACCUCCCCCACCA